UUCUGUGUAAUUCAUUUGUCUUUAUAUUAUACCUGAGAAGAGGGGAAUUAGCGACACCUAAAGGUGAAGUAAGAAAAGAAUAAAACGCAAGUUGCAUCGGCCAUUUUCUCUCAGUUCCACCUGAACUGUUGAGGUAAACGGUAAGCAACAAAUGUUCUCUCUGGUAAUAUUCAUACACAUGCUGUUAAUAAACUUUUUAUUUAUUUUACAAAUGAUAUGAUUUCGCUAAAGUGUUUUUUGACAACUUGGAGUAGUUGAGUUUUUUUUAUUUCUUAGCUCAUAAUUAAGUAGCAGGUGUUUCACACGUGUGCAACACGUGUGCGGGCGCGCUAUACGUGUGUGAAAUUUAUCCCUUUUUUAUUUUUGCGUACUUAUUGUUUCCCUUAAUUGUAUUAUUUAACAGUUUUGUGACCGGAUGAGCUGUGUAACCUAUGCAACCUGCGUGUCUUUUUAUUUUACCCUCAGUAAAACACAACGCAUGGAUGAACUCUAAAAUGGUGUGAAGGUGGUCUUUUUUCGGGCGAAUCUGACAUGAGAACCAAGAGGGGUUACAAUGGUGCCGUGAUUCCCGCUCGUGGUCCACGUGGUGCUGAUCAUCGAGGAAGUGACGUUGCAGGAUUCGUCUGGACGGUCGGACCGCGGUUGCCAGAUUCUCCGGUUAUAGACUCUUUCCCUAUUUUUUUUUUUGACUUCACAAUAUAACCGAUGGACAUCGGACAGGUUGUUAUAAUUGAAAAUCUUGUUUCUGCUUAAUAUAAAUUGUUGUUUUUGUUUAACUUAGUGUUUUAUUUGAAAACCUUUUUGUGGAUAUCAUCAAAGAUGGCUGAGGGCGGCACAGGCCGGGGAAAAUAUCUGAUGCAGUUUUCUGAUACUAAGAUAGGGUUAGGUGGUGUUAAGUAUGAGCCCAAUACUUGUGCAUCAGGGGAAGGUUAUGAUAUUAAUCAGACUUUCCCCAUCACGUCUACUCCUAAACCCUGUGUAGCGAAGGCAUCUAGCGGGCGUGACACCAGUGAAUUUGGUGCCUUGGUUGAAGAAUUGGGUCGGAAGAUUGGUGAUUCAGUAACCGCCAGACUUUUAUCGGGAGGUGGAUUUGCUAGGACUUCUAGUGAUAAUAGCUCUGCAGGUUCUCAGUGUGCUACCCUUGAUCUGUCACAGUUAAAUGUUGUUUUGAAAUCUGAUGAGAAAGAACCACCUGUAUUUAGGGGGGAUGGUUCGGGGAAAUGUAACAUUCAGGAGUGGGUUGAUAUGAUGCAGCGUUAUUUACGGAAGAGAAACAUCAACGUCACUGAACAAGCUGACGAGAUAAUCAGUCAUCUCAUGGGUAGGGCGAAAGACAUAGUGAAGGUAGCUUUGCGUAGUAACUCUGCAUUGGACAGCAAACAUCACCCAGAAAUAAUCUAUAGUAUACUUAAGCAACACUUCAGCGAGGUGUCCUAUUCUAGUAUGCCACUAGCUGAUUUUUAUAGCACACUACCUAAACAUGGUGAGAAUCCUGUGGAUUACUGGCUUCGUUUAAACAAGGCAGCGGAUAUUGCCAAUGAGUGUCUUGGAGCUCAAGGGAGGAAAAUGGACAAUCUGAAUUCUGAGGUUGCAAUGAUGUUUGUGAGGAAUUGUCCAGAUACUGAACUGGCACGCAUUUUCAAAUUGCGCCCAUUAGAAAGCUGGACAGCAAAGGAUGUUCAUGAGCUUUUGGACAGUUUCCAGCGUGAACAAAAGUCCAGAGUAAGCGCUAACGUGUAUUCAGCUUGUCAAAAUGCUCAGAUAUCCUUACAGAAAUGUGAAAAUGUUGAUAUUGGUCCUGAAGCUGUACUUUCAUGCUUUAAACAGGGAACCACUAGACCUGAUGAACCUAAACCUGAAGCAGUAGAUCGGUCCGGUUUGAAUAGAAUGGCCGAGAUGCUGGCACAGCUUCUUGAGGUUUUAAAGAAUAAGGAAGAGAAUAAGCCUGCGUAUGUGCCAUUUGGGAAAACACGAGGAAAAAGGGAUGUAGCAUUUGCAGCGACACAACACAUACCACUAUUGACCAUUGUAGAUCUGAUCACUUGUGUUUUAAAUGUCAUGCUGCUGGUCAUUCAAAACGCGACUGUAAAAAACAGGCUUCUACUUUGCGUCCUGUUUCAGGUACAUUUAGUGAUCAGGGAAACUGAGUCACCUGCAUUCGGAGAGGGGGAGUGUGGGUGAUUCUGAAAAUUCCCUCAAUGUUGAUACUGACUUCGAGGCCUUGUUUCUUUCCAUAAAGAACAUUUGUCCUGAUUCGCAGAGAGUUGUUUUUCAGAAUACACAACGAGUUGCAUGUUCAGAUACACUUUUCUACACACCUGUUGUUCUUAACGACUCGGUCACUGUCAAAGCAAUGUUGGACACUGGCUCGAUGGCCUGUACCUUGAGUGAUUCAGUUUUCAGUAAGUUAAGGGAACAUGGUGUUUUGGAUGCAGUUAAUGAGGAGGACACAGAUGUUGUUUUGAUUGGUUGUGGUGGCAAACGGGUGUUCCCAAGAAGCAUGCUUGAACUUAAACUGGAUGUUUAUGGCUGUACUGUUAUUGUCCCAUGUCUUGUUGUGCCAGGUCAAGGAGAUGACCUAAUUUUGGGAACGAAUGUCAUUAAACAUAUUGUCCAUAGACUGAAGAGUUCGGACAGAUAUUGGGAACUGAUUUCUGCACCUAGUGAACGUAAUCGUGAGUGUGAUGAGUUCUUGUCAAUGCUGGCUGGCGUACAACGAUGGAAGGGUAGGACAGUUCCUGAUGUUGUUGGUACAGUGAAGCUUAACCAUGCAAUAACACUUUCACCUGGUCAAGAACACUUAGUCUGGGGUAAACUUCCUGCUAAAUCCUGUGGCCAACUAGGCAGUACUGUUUUGGUAGAACCUUCUAGACUUCAUUCUGCCACUAGGAAAGUUCUGGUGGGUCGUGUUGUCACUCAGCUUUGGGGUGAUGGCAGUAUACCACUUAAGCUGAUCAAUCCUAGCGA